UUUUAUGACCUUUCACUCUCUCUCACUCACUUCACUCAACUAGUCACUACCUCUUUUCUUCUCUAAUCUCUAUUGUAUCAAAUUUCUUCGAUCUUCAGAACCCCUACAAAUACGAUCUUAAAUUGUCGAUUUUUUCUUCGAUUAUCGCCUGAAAAUGGCGAGGAAAUUAGCGGUUUUGAUAUGGAUGUUAAUCAUGUUAAUGAUGAUUAGUGACAUCAGUACGAUGUAUACAUCGAGAUUAAUUCACCGAUUUUCCGACGAGUUGCGAGCAUUUUCCGGCGAAAAAUCGUCGCCGGAAAUGAACAGUAAAGAAUAUUUUCAGAGGAUGUUGAUCGGCGAUUUUGAAAGGCAGAAGAUGAAGAUCACUCAUCAACAACGUCAAUUACUUUUUCCUUCUCAAGGUAGCCAAACACGGUCUUAUGGCAAUGACCUUGGCUGGUUACACUAUACUUGGAUCGAUAUAGGAACACCAAAUGUAUCUUUUCUGGUUGCGUUGGAUGUUGGGAGUGAUUUGCUCUGGGUUCCUUGUGAUUGUGUCCAAUGUGCUUCUCUCUCCGCCGCUCACUAUAGCAGUUUGGAUAAGAAUCUCAAUGAGUACAGCCCAGAUGACUCAAACACCAGUAAGCUUCUGACUUGCAGCCAUCGGCUAUGCACACAGCAAGCAAACUGUAAAACUUCCGCGCAGUCAUGCCCUUACAAUGUCCAGUACUUUUCUGAGGAUACAUCAAGUUCGGGUCAGCUUGUUGAAGAUGUAUUACAUCUCUCAUCGAGCAGUAACAAUUCUUCAAUUGCAAAAGCUCCAGUUAUUUUUGGGUGUGGUAAGAAGCAAAGUGGUGUUUAUCUGGAUGGGGGGGUUGCUCCUGAUGGUCUGAUGGGUUUAGGCCUUGGGGACAUAUCAGUUCCAAGUCUUCUAGCAAAAUCUGGAUGGAUUAAAGACUCUUUCUCAUUGUGCUUUAAUGAAAAUGGUUCUGGGAGAAUAUUUUUUGGUGACCAAGGACUCACUACCCAUCAGUGGACUCCAAUUCUGCCAUUACAGGGAAAGUACUCAACUUAUCUUGUCGGAGUAGAUGCUGUUUGUAUUGGGAAGAGUACUUGUCUCAAACAAACAAGUUUCCGUGCAGUUGUUGACAGUGGGACAUCAUUUACUUUUAUACCAAAUGAUGUCUAUAGAAAAGUUACCCAGGAGUUUGACAGAGAAGUUAAAGCUGCUAGAGUGAGUUACGAUGGAUAUCCAUGGGACUAUUGCUACGAGUCGAGUGAAGAGGAGCCGCUAAAUUUUCCUUCAGUGGAGCUGAUGCUGCCAUCUAACGAGAGUUUUGUGGUCCAAUAUCCAUUUUUCCCUGUCACUGGGGAUAAGGGGAAUAAUCUGGGUUACUGUCUAGCCAUAGAGCCUGCUGAUGGAGACAUUGCAUUUAUAGGCCAAAACUUCAUGACAGGAUAUCGCAUGGUGUUUGAUAGGGAGAAUCUGAAACUUGGCUGGUCCCGUUCCGAUUGUCAAGAUCUAAGUAAUCAGAAUAAAACGCCAUCACCACCAUCAGCAGGGGAUAAACCACCAAAUGCAUUGCCUUCUAAUGAACAACAGAGCAUCCCUGGUGCAGAGGCCGUGCCUCCUGCCAUCGCUGGAAGGGCACCAAAAGCCUCGGCAGCCUCUACCAUGCACGUUGCAUCUUCAUUUUGGAUGUUGCUUACCUUGAUUGCGUCCUUUCAUCUGCUACGGUAUUUUGAACCAGUAAUUACCCUAGACCUGAUGUAAAUACUGUCAUUGCAUUUAUAUCCAUCCAAUGCCUUUACUUUUUUUCCCUGCAAGUCAUUGGAUACAUAGCAUACCCCUUAUUCCCUCGCCCGCUACCUAGGUCUUCUGUAAUUCCUAAUUAAAGUCAUGUAUAUAUAGUUAGAUUUUCUUUUUUCUAGAUGGAGUUCUUGCUAGCUCCAUUUUUUAUGAACUUAUUAUUCAUAGGAUAUCGAAAUUUCCUUUGGAGUAUAUAAUGAGCCUUUUCUGCGGAUUA